ACCUCUAAAGCACGAGUCGGAGGGCAUGGCUUCAGUAACAGUCACCAGGUAGCUCUGACCCAGAGUUGUGGCGGCAACAGAACACCUCAUCAUGGAAGCAGGGGGAAGGUCGACCGGAAAAUGUCCCAGUCACCAGCAGACCACCCCCGCGUGCCUUACAGCCAUCAAAACCAUCAUUACCACUAUCAACAACGGCACACAAGCCACCCCAGGGCCCUACAGCACAACCCGCAGCUACACCCUCCUGAGGAAAAAGACUCACAGAGACAUCACCACAAACAAAGCACAGAACCUCAGCGCUUUCAUCAAAGGGGCAAUUCAUGGGAUCCAGCCCAAUUCAAGGGUUCUGGUGCAGACUCUCCUUCCUAUUUGUCCCUCAUCUGCAGCCCUGGAGAUGGAGGUUCUACUGCCAGCAGUCCACGUGCUCCUCCAAGUCCCUCUUCAUACACAGUGGGCAGUAGCAGAAAAGAUCCAUCACUCCUUUAUCAGUGUAGCCCUGAACUCAGUGGACAGCAGAAACUCCAAGGAAGCCCCAAUCACACCCCGAGACCUAGCCAGACAUCCUCCACGUCCCACAACUCUCAAGAUGGUCCAAAAGCCCGGUUGUCAGACGUCAAAUAUCGAAAGACUUCGCAGCCCCUCUGUUCACGACAGUCCUCUCACAGCAGGUCAAGAGCAAACAAGACUGAGAAAGAGUCUGAAGAACACAAAAAAACGGAGAAGCCGGUAAAAAAGGAUAGAAAGGGUGAAGAGAGAAAGAGGCAUAAGAAAAAAGAGGAAAAAAGAUUGUCUGAGAAAAAAAGGAGGAGGGAUAAAAUAUCAAAGAGGGAAAGAAAGUUCAAAACUGGAGGUAUGGAAAAGGAAAUGUUGACUUCCAUCUCUACUCCCCACUCUUCAGGAGAAGCCCAAAUGGAGACUACAACUCAGCCCCUGGACAAUCAAAGCCAGGCACCAGGCAGACACAAGCACAGAGAGAGGAGUGGUCGUGCAGAGAGGACACUCAAACCAUCCAAAAAGAAUCCUCCUGCCUCUUCACCACAGCCAUCCUCAAAAUCUGCUCAUAUUAAAAUGCCCAAGAAAAACAAUAGUGCCCCAAAACUCAAGGAUAAACUUAAAAAGUCCCUUCAUAGGAUUCCCAUGAACCCCAAACUGUCCGGCAAGAAGCCCACCAUCGUUUCAAAGCGCAGCCCUAAAGCAAAGACCAAGGACACGCUCCCUUCACUUUUAUGUAAAGCCUUAGCGCCUCUCACUUCAGCCUGUUCUGUCACCUUGGGGGUACCUGUCCAUGGUGGCCAGGGAGGGGCUCUCAAUGCUCCAGACCUACAGCCUGUGGGAAAUCUAAGGGAAACAGAAGACAACCUUGCAAAUACACCUCCUGUUCUCAGCUGGCAGGGCUCACCAGUGUCGAUUCUGGGAGAAGACGAGGAGGAGCUUGAGAAGGGAGUGAUGAGUAGACCUGUCCUCCAGCCCAGUCCCACCCGGUGCUUCUCUCCUCUUUCUGAAGACAGUGAGAGCUCCACCGAUAUCAAAGAGAAGCCUUGCGAAGACCAACAGGCUGAUUAUUCCCAGGAUGGCGUGCCUGGACUCUGCGAUCCACCCUGUGCAGAGGUACCAGUUGCUGAGGAAGAAAAGGAAGACAGCAGUGGGGAAACUCCCGACUCUCCUUACGGUGAGCUUUGCCACCAUAAAACUGGUCUGGACGAUGUCUUCAAGAGCCUUGCAACUUUACUCGGAGGCCAGAGGGUCACGUGUCGAGGCGGCCCAUUUGGGGGGCCUCCCGCCUGCACCACCAAAGGAGUGAAAUACUCCUCUUCUCUUGAACUGGGGCCGGAUAUUCAUGAGCAUCAGGACUUCUGUAUAUCAGACACAGCAUCCUCCAAACCUGGUAAUCAGUCACCAACUCUCUUCCCCUCAGACAUGCUUUUGAAAUGCCACAGUCCGAGGGAGCCUGUCGCAGAAUCCCUGGCUCAGGGUAAGCAGAAAGAAAUUGAAACCGACAUGGAAGAGAAGCAAGAUAGUGAAGAAAUGGAGAUCCUCGCCAAAGAAACAGAGACUUCUCUUUUGGACGGGUCGCUGAGUGCAGAGCUGAGUCUGACCACAACGCAUACAGCCUCCAUCACCAGCUGCAUUACUGUCUCCACCAAGGAUGAGAGGGGACACAGCAAAGAGACGGAGCGCAUUGGUGGGAACAGAAAGAGAAAACAUAAGGCCAUGGAUGGAGAAAGAGAAGGAGAGAUACAAAUCAAGAUAAAGACAGAGGAAAGCAGCAUCAUGUGUCCUAAAAACAAAGCAAACGACAUAAGGGAUUUGACGAAAAGGGAUGUUUCCUCCUCGGUGCUCGUCAUUUCCAGAAAGUCAGCCAAACUCCUCAAAGAGAGUAUGAAGGGCCAGAUUUCUCAGGAAAAUCAAACCACACACGGCAUUAAUAAAGACAAGGUAGACAAGGGGAAGGAAGAGGCACAGAUAAUAAUGGCGAAGAAGGAAGAGUUUGAAAAUAAGAAAUCCUCAGCAGCUGGAAACACAAACACCAAGACAUCCAAAUCAAGUGUAUCUACACCAGGAAGCACGCCUUCAAUCUCUACAACUCCAUGUGACCCGCUGAGACUGAAAGCAUUGUCUAUGGGCUUCUCAAAGGAGUUGAAGAUCCUCUUAACAAAAGUAGAUGCAGGAAGGAAAACAUUCGACGUCUCAGAGUUUGAACCAAGAAUCCCUUUUUCCAAGAUUAGCAUCGAAAACACUGGUGCUGAAGUAGUAAGAGCUUGCAAGGGGAAGAAGGUUAAGGGGAAAUUCAAGGAGUCCUUUCUGCUUCCCGCCUUCAAUGUUAAACCUAACAUUGACACCGAGACCAAAAUCCCUCAAGAAAAGCUCAACCCUCCUACACCAAGUAUUUAUUUGGAGAGCAAGAGGGACGCCUUCUCUCCAGUUCUGCUUCAGUUCUGCACUGAUCCCAAAAAUGCAGUAACUGUCAUCAGAGGACUUGCUGGCUCCCUCCGCCUUAACCUGGGUCUGUUCUCCACCAAAUCCCUGGUGGAGGCCAAUGCGGAGCAUGCAGUGGAGGUAAGGACCCAGGUUCAGCAGCCUGCCGAUGAGAACUGGGAUCACAAUGGAUCGGCGCAGACGUGGCCCUGUGAAAGCAGCCGCUCACACACCACCAUCGCCAAAUACGCCCAAUACCAGGCCUCCAGCUUCCAGGAAAGCCUACAGGAUGAGAAUGAGAGCGAGAAUGAAGAUGACGGAGAGCAGUCCGAGUCUUCAGAAACAUCCGCCGCCACAAAAGCAGCUCUGACAUUUGCCACGGUUAAAGUCAGUCCUGCCUCCACUACAACUAAAGCCAAUUCUGCUUCCACCUCCAGCCCAGAGGAACAUGCCAACAGCACACCCAGCUCUGAGCAGAAAUCAGCCGGAAAGAUAAUUAAAUUUGGGACCAAUAUUGAUCUCUCUGACCCUAAAAGGUGGAAACCCCAGCUGCAGGAGCUGCUGAAGCUGCCUGCUUUCAUGCGGGUGGAAUCCAGCAACAACAUGCUCAGUCACGUCGGCAGCACCAUCCUGGGCAUGAACACCGUCCAGCUCUACAUGAAGGUGCCAGGCAGCCGCACUCCAGGUCAUCAAGAGAACAACAACUUCUGCUCAGUCAACAUCAACAUCGGUCCUGGUGACUGUGAGUGGUUCGCCGUCCAUGAGCACUACUGGGACGCUAUCAACAAAUUCUGUGAGAAGCAUAAAGUAGACUACCUGACAGGGUCCUGGUGGCCGGUCCUGGAAGACCUCUACAGCGCCAACAUCCCUGUGUACCGCUUCAUCCAGAGGCCGGGGGACCUGGUGUGGAUUAAUGCAGGGACAGUGCACUGGGUCCAGGCAGUGGGCUGGUGCAACAACAUCGCCUGGAAUGUCGGACCACUCAACUCCUACCAAUACCAGCUGGCCCUGGAGCGCUACGAGUGGAACGAGGUGAAGAAAGUGAAGUCCAUCGUUCCCAUGAUCCACGUGUCCUGGAAUGUGGCUCGCACUAUCAAGAUUUCUGACCGGGAUACCUUCAAGAUGGUCAAGUAA